AUGCGGGAUGAAGUUUACGGGUCACCGUUGAAGAUGCCCUUAGACCAUGACGUGGCAGCUAAGGGAGCUUGCUUCCUCUCUUCCGUGCUCUCUCUCUCUUUCUUGGGGGUGACUGAAGCGGCGGCGGCGGCGGCGGCCGGAGUGGACGGCGGCGGCGCAGCCUACCCGGAGGAGAAGGGCGCUCCCCCAGCUUCUACGGCCUGCCGCGGAGCCCGGUGUAACCCUAGGGCUCCGGUUGGUCCCAUCUCCCCCCGCUGCCUCACUCCGGAGAAGAGGAAUCCGCCGGCGGCCUCGAGAUCUCCAGAUUGGCCGGAUAUGGAUCUAAUUCUUCCAUUUAGAAUUGGAGAUUUUGCCGAGGCAAAGUGCUUUGAUGAAGGUUUCAAAGGCGCAUGGUUUCGCUCCAAGAUAAAAGAUAUGCGUAUCGCAGAAUCUGGGCAUCUUGAGUAUUACUUGGAGUAUAUUGACUAUACUGACGAAGCCGACGAAUGGAUUAGAGUCUUUCAAAAGAACCCAUUCAAGCCAGCAUGCCUGGAAGGGAAAUCAAAUGACAGUACUGAAAUAAUGUUGCGUCCUUCCUUUCCUCGGUGGUAUAGGGGGCAACAAGUUCCUAAGCACUUUCCAAAGAGCGAGGUGAUAGCACGUGUUUGUGAUACCUGGAAAGUAGGUGAUUGGGUUGACUGGCAUAAUAAAGAUUGUUACUGGACUGGGCAGAUUAUUGAGUCAACCAGUAAAAAUGUGGUUGAGGUAAAGUUCUUGGAUCAUCCCAUGGGUGAAGGCGAGCAACGUUCUGCUAAGAUAAAGGACCUGAGGCCUGCGCUGGAUUGGUCCAUGAUUAAAGGCUGGACUGUACCUCUUUCGGCGGCAAAAGGGAAAUGCUGGCAAGCUGCUCAUCUGGUUCAUCCAAAAUCUGAUGUAGAAGAAAGGAGCGACACGGAUGAAGAUGAAGGAGCUCUGGGAUCUUCAUCAACCAUCAAAACGCCUUCAUCAGACCCUAGUCAACGGGGUACCCGCAGUUCCAGUAGGCGACAAAUGUCUCCAUUGGAGCCUGCCCCCAUCGAACCGAAUAGAAGCGGUUCCCGCCGGUACGCCUUUCGGGCCCGGAAGAGCGCGGCGGAACAGCAGAGAUAAGCCGGCCACACUAGCUUUAUAUUCGACGAGGAAAUGGCCGAUCGCUGUGUUUGCGGAAUCGGCCGGCCACAUAGACAGCAUGGCAUAGGGAGACUUUUCGUGACAUUUCUUGUGACACAUUCUGGGCCAUGAUCCACUGACUGGCUGUUAAUUGGUAGAAGUUUGUAGACUUUUAUUAAAGGCUGGUUGGUACU